AUGGGAAAGAUCGUCUUCUACGAAGGCCCUAACUUCCAGGGCCGCUCCUGGGAGUGCAGCGGCGAUUGCAUGGACACGUUCCGCCACUUCAACUGCUGCAACUCCAUCCGCGUCAUGGGGGGACACUGGGUUGCCUACGAGAAGCCCAACUACAUGGGGUACCAGUACAUCCUGAACCGCGGGGAGUACCCGGACUACCACCACUGGAUGGGAUUCAACAACUGCAUCCGCUCCUGCCAGAUGUUCCCUCCCUACAGGGGAUCUUACCGCAUGCGGAUCUACAACAGACCCGACUUCAGGGGUCACAUGAUGGACUUCACAGACGACUGCCCCAACGUCUACGAGCGCUUCAUGUACCAUGAUAUCUACUCCUGCAACGUGACGGAGGGCUACUGGAUCUUCUACGAGCACCCCUACUACAGGGGCAGGCAGUACUUCAUGCGGCCGGGCGAGUAUAGGGCCUGUGGGGACUGGGGUAGCUUCAGCCCCUACGUGGGCUCUUUUAGGAGGAUGAGGAGUGCUCUUAUGUAA